CUGCAAGGGGGACACCGGAGCACGAGCCGGAGGAGGAGCAGCGGGGAGAUGGAGAGGAGGGAUUUGGGGACGAAGGAUUCCCGAACAAAGAUCCUCUAGACAUUGGUGCAGGAGGAGCCCCUGAGGAGGAGAGCAGGGGAUGGAGAGAGAAGGGUCGUCGGAUUCGGAUCUGGGCUUCACUGCAGACGUCCCUCUCCCUGUCCCCGUUUUCAAGACAGAGGAGACCCCUGAGUACCAUGAGACCGAAUUAUCCCUGGCAGAGCAGCAGCAGAGGCAGUCUGACAGGAGGCAAGAGUAUGAAGAGAAGGUGGAGGUGAAGAAAGAGGAUGAGGAGAAAAAGGAGGAAGAGCAGCAACGUGAUCAGGAGCAGCCAGACCUGCAGCCGCAGCCAGGGGUGGGGCUAACCGACAAAUGGGAGGAGAUGAAGGAGCAGAAGGCGGAGCAAACCAAGCUGGAGGAGGGAGACAGACAGGAGGGAGACAGACAGGAGGGGGACAGACAGGAAGGGGACAGACAGAAGGGUGGCCGGCAGGAGGGAGAGAGACAGGAGGGAGAGAGACAGGAGGGAGAGAGACAGGAGGGAGAGAGACAGGAGGGAGAGAGACAGGAGGGAGAGAGACAGGAGGGAGACAGGCAGGAGGGAGACAGGCAGGAGGGGGACAGACAGGAGGGGGACAGACAGGAGGGUGGCCGGCAGGAGGGAGACAGGCAGGAGGGAGAGAGACAGGAGGGAGACAGGCAGGAGGGAGACAGGCAGGAGGGAGACAGGCAGGAGGGAGACAGGCAGGAGGGAGACAGACAGGAGGGAGACAGGCAGGAGGGAGACAGACAGGAGGGAGACAGGCAGGAGGGAGACAGGCAGGAGGGAGACAGGCAGGAGGGAGACAGGCAGGAGGGAGACAGACAGGGAUGCAAGAGACCACAUGAGGAGGACCGGGGCCACUACGAGCACCGUGACGACAAGAGGUCCAGGUCGCCUCAGCCCCCUGCUGAAGAGGAAGAGGAGGACUUUGAUGACACUUUGGUGGCUCUGGACACAUAUAACUGUGACCUCCACUUCAAGGUGUCCCGUGAUCAUUACAGCGGCUACCCUCUGACCGUCGAGGGCUUCGCCUACCUCUGGGCCGGAGCGAGAGCAUCCUACGGAGUCAGCAAAGGGAAAGUCUGCUAUGAGAUGAAGAUCAUAGAGGAGAUAGCUGUGAAGCACCUCCCGUCCUCUGAGCCUGAUCCCCAUGUGGUCCGGAUAGGAUGGUCCCUGGACUCCUGCAGCACACAGCUGGGUGAGGAAGCGUUUUCGUUUGGAUACGGAGGAACAGGGAAGAAAUCCUCUGACUGUAAGUUUGAAGACUACGGAGAGAAGUUUGGAGAGAAUGAUGUCAUCGGCUGCUUCAUUGACUUUGACGCUGGCGGUGAGGAGGUGAAAAUAGCGUUCUCUAAGAACGGGGUGUGGCUAGGCGUGGGGUUCCAGGCGUCGAGGGAGGAGCUGGCGGGGCGCCCCCUGUUCCCCCACGUCCUUGUGAAGAACUGUGCCAUCGAGUUUAACUUCGGCCAGAGGGAGGAACCCUUCCACCCCCCUCCGGAGGGGUACAGGUUCAUCCAGGCUCUUGGUAUUGGAGACAGGACCAGGGGCGCUGUAGGACCAGCCAGCAAGGCUGACUGUGAGAUCCUCAUGAUGGUGGGUCUGCCAGCCUGUGGCAAGACCACCUGGGCCUCAAAACAUACUGAGGGUCACCCUGAGAAGAAAUACAACACCCUGGGAACCAACGCCAUCAUGGAGAAGAUGAAGGUGAUGGGUCUGCGUCGUCAGAAGAACUACGCCGGUCGUUGGGACGUUCUGAUCCAACAGGCCACUCAGUGUCUCAACCGCCUUAUCCAGAUCGCCGCACGCAAGAGACGCAACUACAUCCUGGACCAGACAAAUGUAUAUGGAUCAGCCCAGAGACGAAAAAUGCGUCCUUUUGAGGGGUUUCAGCGCAAGGCUAUUGUAAUAUGUCCCACGGAGGAGGACUUUAAAGAGCGAACGUUAAGACAAACUGAUGAACAGGGGAAGGAUGUGCCAGAUCAGGCUGUGUUAGAAAUGAAAGCCAACUUCCUGCUCCCUGAGCCCAGCGACUUCCUGGAAGAGGUGAUUUUUGUGGAGCUGCAGCGGGAAGAGGCUUUCAAUCUGGUGAAGGAAUACAACGAGGAGGGACGCAAGGCCGGCCCACCCCCCGACAAACGCCAUGACAACCGUCCGGGAGGGUUCCGUGGCAACGGCGGAGGCUACCAGCGCUAUGACGACCGUGGCGGUCCUCGCGGCGGCGAAGGAUACCAGAGCAGAGACGCGGGCGGAUACAGAAGGGGUAAGGAGGGAACAGACUCCUCCCUAGGCAACAACCGUGGCGGCUACACUGGCAACCGCUGGGGUGGGAACGGUAACUACCGUGAGGGGGGGUCGGCUCCGAGGGGAGGGUACAACCGUAAUCAACAGUCAGGAGGCUACAACCGCCCGGCGCCCUACAGCAAAGUGGGAUACAACCAGAGUUACAACCCCAGCAGCUAUAAUCAAGGCAACUACCAACAGGGUUACAACUACGGCAGCUACAGUCAGUACCCAGGAUACAGCCAAACUCAGAGUUACAGCGAGUCUACGCCAGCUGCUGCAGGACAGACCUACAGCCAACAGCAGAACUACAACCAGCAGUACCAGCAGUAUGCCCAGCAGUGGCAGCAGUACUACCAGAACCAGUCUCAGUGGAACCAGUACUACGGCCAGUAUGGGAACUAUGCCGGCCAGGGGCAGGGUCAACAAGGUCAGGGUUCACAGGGGCAGGGAGGUCAGGGGGCAUCAGGUUCAUCCCAGUAACCUCUGACCUCUAACCUUUACAGCAGGAGUCAACGAAAGGCGGUUUAUGCCCCAAAAUAAAAUUAAUUGUUCCCACCAAAAAAUGUUUGGUUUUUUUAUUUGAGGCGGGGGUUAUUUUUGGUCCAAAAAGAUUAAUAUCACCAGGAAUUCUGCUAAAAAUUUGUUUAAUUUAGGAAAUUUGUUCACCAAGUAUUCCCAGAAAGAAGAAAAAAAGAGACGUGAUCAUGGCUCAAUGUAGGCGAGGUAUGACAUGAUUUUUAUUUUCCAUUACAAUCUCAUUUUGGGUCUUACUUGUGGUCAAUUUGCAGUGUACUAGUUGUAAUCAUUAUGUUCCGACCCCCCGAACAUCUACACUGACAAAAUGUAUGUUACCGUGGCUGAAACAUGCCCACACACACACACACACACACACACACACACACACACACACACACACACACACACACACACACACACACACACACACACACACACACUCUCAAACACACACUCUCUCAAACACACACACACCACAUCACUGUCCUGUUGUGUGUGGUCCCCCCCCUCUGCUGUCUUUACAUCCUGCUCGAAACACUUUAUUCACAACAGUCUUAAGUUGGAGGUUGGUAAUGUUGUCGUUUUAGUCAUCAAUAUUUACAUGAUGUAAAAGAGGAUCAGAUGAGGUUUCAAGGUGUUGAUAGUAUUUUAUGAUCUGCGGUGUGUCCACUGGUUUGUCCACUAACAGCAGAAUGUUUGUCUACUAGUUAGUCCACUAGUUAGUCCACUGGUUUGUCCACUAACAGCAGAAUUUUAGUCCACUGGUUUGUCCACUAGUUUGUCCACUAACCGCAGAAUGUUAGUCCACUAGUUAGUCCACUAGUUAGUCCACUAACCACAGAAUGUUAGUCCACUAGUUAGUCCACUAGUUAGUCCACUAGUUAGUCCACUAACCACAGAAUGUUAGUCCACUAGUUAGUCCACUAGUUAGUCCACUAGUUAGUCCACUAGUUUGGCCACUCAGUUGUUUUGUUUAUAGCAACAACCCUUUGUUUUUAUUGUUGUAAAAAAAAAAAUGUUUAAUGUUAAAAUGUUUGACUUUGUGUUGAAUCCUGUCAGAAUGUGUUUUUUAUUGGACGACAACAAUAAUAUGAUAACAAUGCAACAGAUGAAUGAACCCUAUACGAUGUCUAUUUCAUUACUGAAGUUUAAACUAAUUAGUUUCACAUUCACAUGUUUAAAUACUGUGUCUCUGUCCGGUAAGUGGUAACAUAACACAAUAAAAUAAUUCAUUCAUAAACUA